AUGGCUUCGUCUCGAUGUUCGGCACAAGUGGACUGGGAGUCCACGGAUGGGAUCUUCCUGCGCAACAUCCCUGCUAAGUGUGAUGAACAAGCUUUGCGCAACUUCGUGCAGGCGAAGGGGGUGACAGAUUUCAGCGCAGAGAUGGCCGUGUUUCCGAAUGGCAAUGCCAAGGGGUUCGCCUCGUUCCGCUUCAGUGCAAGGUCUGGAAUGCAGGACUUCGUUUCCAAAGUCCAUGGCCAGUUCAUCCCAGGCUUUCAGAAGACAAUGCCGCUGUUUUGCGAGCCACUGAGGGGCACAGAGUCACGACGAAUCCUUCGCAGUAGAAGCUACAUGCCUGCGCCAUCACGGCCAUGGGCACCCGGGCCCCGCGAGCACAGUUCCAUCAGCGGGGAAGGAAGAAAUUCCACCGGGAGCCACGGGAAGAGCAAGGGCACAAGCGGCUUCAGCACGAUGGUCAGCGGUAAGGGUUUCCACAUUGAGCCUGGAUAUCAUAGUGCCUCUGCAAGCACGGAGGUAGCCAGCGGUGCUGGCGAGGCAACGUGUGGGGCCAUGGUAAUCGACCAGCCCUCGUCGAAGUUUGAGCUCUGGCAUGCGCUGCCUUGUGACCGUCUGGUCGCCGACGAUUG